AUGACUCGCUGUCAUGAUCUCCCCGAGGUACCACGAUCCGAACCCAUCUUCUGCUCGCCAUCCCAGGAAAUCCCUUCUUCUCCGCCCUCAAUAGCCUCCGAUGCUGGGUUACGCCGCAAGCCCAAGAAGCCUCCCCCAGUUACUCCUCGAUCCUUCAGGAGAUUCUUCACUCCUCGUUCGUUGCAGGACAGUGGGAGUCUUGGAAAUGGUGUCAGGACCAGUCGCCAGGCACUCAUGGCACUCAGCUCACCGGCAGUUAAUCGCCUGGGUCCUGCUUUUACGAGGACAUUGAAGGCUGCUAUGAGCAAACCGGAACCUACAGAUAUUAUGCGAACGCCGAGCAAGAAACGCAAACUUUCGUUUUCCUCCAUUGGGUCUCCCCUUCAAUCUUCACCCAUACGCAAGGUUCGUGUUCGUGACUUGAUCGAGGACGACGAGGAGAUCCCAAUCCCUGUGAAAGACAUCAAGGUCCCUGGCGGAAAGGUCAACGAAGAGGAACCGGCGCCGCCUGCCAAAACUCCACUCAAGGUCUCUCCUGUUCGUCGAUCCAAGGCUUUGCAAACUUCUGGAGCUCUGUUCAUGCGCAGCGUCUUGGGGACUCGAGCUAAUCGAGUGACAAUGCGAGCAAAUUCCGGCGCUGGCUGGCAAGAUUUGACAUCGACCUUCUACUCCCGCCCUGAAGAUAGUCAUGCCUGUACAAGCUCGUCAGGCGACCGUCUUGCGCUCCCAUUUUGCACAGCGGCAUGCAACACCAAUACACUCGUUGCCGUUGGAGAUGAAGAAGGUGGCAUUCGGUUGCUUGAUUCAGCGAAAAACGAUAAAGUCGGAUUCUCGAAAGCAUAUCUUACAUUUCGUCCGCACGCCAACGCCAUUAUGGACAUGGAUUUCUCGUCUGAUGAUAUGUUACUGGCAACCGCUUCGGGUGAUCAAACUGCCAUCGUCAUUGACAUGGCCACACAAAAGCCUGUGUACUGCUUAUCCAACCACGUUUCGUCCCUGAAGCAAGUCAAGUUUCAGCCAGCCGCAAACAAUAAAGUUCUUGCGACUUGCAGCCGUGAUGGGAAUGUUAAUAUCUGGGAUCUGCGCUGUAAGGGUUUUGAGAAACCUUCUCUACAGGUUCAGUGUUCUCUCGAAUCCGAAUCCGAACUCAACCCCGCCAUUUCCUCCAAAAUGACUUACCCGCAAGUGUUGAAUACUGUCCACGGUGCUCACGCUUGGAUGCCCCAAAUAAUGAAUGCUGAGAAAGCGGAGGCUCAGGUGGCUCGUUCGGAUAUCACGGUAACUUCACUUGCAUUUCUCCCGCCUGGUCGUGAGAAUCUCUUCGUCACUGCAUCUGAAGCCAAUGCUUGCGUGCGGCUGUGGGAUUUGCGCACCGCUCACAGUAACCGUCGCGGCCGCCCUGCUCUUCCACUGUCCACAACCAGAGAACCAGACAGUCAUAUCAAAUACCGCCGAUUUGGAGUCACUUCCAUGACACUAGGUGGCGACGGGUCACGACUAUAUUCGCUUUGCCGGGACGGAACAGUAUAUGCAUACUCCACCUCCCACCUCGUCCUUGGUCAUGCUCCUGAGCUCUCAUUAAACAAUAUCCGUCCACGACGUUCGGGUGGGUCUGACAAAAGCGGCCUUGGGCCACUGUACGGCUUCCGUCACCCUCGUUUACGGGUUUCAUCGUUUUAUGUUAAGAUUGGUGUUCGGAAGGCCGCUGGUGACAAGUCAGAGAUGCUGGCAGUUGGGAGCGGCGAGCCUUGUCCCGUCAUAUUUCCCACCGACGAAAAAUUCCUUGAUCCUUCUACUCAACAACAAACCCACCAGCUUGACCAACCACCCAGAACACCAUCUUUUUCCACUCGCUCUGGUCUCCGCCGUACCAACUCGGGUAUUGGACCAUCUGCACGUCUAGAAGACAUGGUCCCGAUCUACCAAACUGGUACGCCAUUAAUCGAGGGCCACAAGAAGGAGGUAUCCGGCGUGUCGUGGACCGUUGAUGGUGAGCUUAUAACCGUAAGCGACGAUUACAGCGCUAGAUGCUGGCGCGAGGGCCCUGAAGCAAGAGACCUACGAGCAGGGGGGGAGACUGAGGGUCGAAGAUGGCGAUGCGGCUGGGCGGACACGAAAGACUCUUACGAAGACGAAGACGAAUGA